UGUCGUCCAACUGCUCUCCAGCCGCCCUGUCAGCUUCAUUCCGCUCGGGCCGUCCUUCGCGAGCGCGCAUCAGCGGCUCGCGCUGUCUCUCCGCGCUGUGUCCCGCGAGCACGCAGGCCAGCUGUGACGUUAGGCUGCGGUCGGGGACUCGGACAUCUGCGCUUCCGCCGCACGGAGGGUGAAUGAGGUUGAUGCUGCUCUGCUGUACGUGGAAGGACGAACGCAUGGGAGAGGAGGAAGCAGGCGGGAGCUUACCCGUAUGUGCGGGCUGUCGACAGCGCAUCUACGAUGAGCAGUACCUGCAGGCCCUCAGCACUGACUGGCACACAGCCUGUUUCAGGUGCUGCGAGUGCAGCGCAUCCCUCUCCCACUGGUACUAUGAGAAGGAGGGCCAGCUCUUCUGCAAGAAGGACUACUGGGCCAAGUUCGGUGAGCUAUGUCAAGGCUGCUCUGAGCCCAUCUCCACAGGCCUCAUCAUGGUUGCGGGGGAGCAGAAGUACCACCCAGAGUGCUUCACCUGUCUGAACUGCCGGGCCUUCAUUGGCGAUGGGGACACCUACGCCCUGGUGGAGCGCUCCAAGCUCUAUUGUGGGCACUGUUACUACCAGACCAUCGUGACACCCGUGACCCUGCCAGACUCCCCGUGCUCCAAGAUUCCGCACACAGUGACGCUGGUGUCCAUUCCGGCCUCCACUGAUGGAAAGCGCGGCUUCUCGGUGUCCAUCGACCAAGGCGUCAGCCCUUAUGGCUAUGCCCUCAACGGUGUUGCAACUGAGCACGGCCACACUGUGCGGGUGUCUGAAGUGGAUGCAGAAUGUAUCAGCCCCGAUGUGAAGAAUUCCAUACAUGUAGGGGAUCGGAUCCUGGAGAUCAAUGGAACCCCCAUCCGAAACGUUCCACUGGAUGAGAUCGACCUGCUCAUUCAAGAGACCAGUCGCCUGCUGCAGCUCACCAUCGAACAUGACCCCCAUGACCACAGUGGGACAGGGGACCAGGUGGAUGGCCCAAGCCCAACCCCCCUGUCGGAGGUGUGCAGCCCCGUGGGGCCCAUCACGCAGCCCCCCAACCCAGACAUUAACAGCCUCCGCUCCAGGAUGAUCACACGCAGCUACAGCAUCGACAAAUCACCCUGCUCCAGCAACACUGCAUCACCGCUGGCCCAACGGAAGGACAUUGGCCGCUCCGAGUCGCUGCGUGUUGUCUCCAACCGCACACACCGCAUCUUCCGGCCUUCUGAUCUCAUCCACGGGGAGGUGCUGGGGAAGGGCUGCUUUGGACAGGCCAUCAAGGUGACACACCGGGAGACGGGUGAGGUGAUGGUGAUGAAGGAGCUCAUCCGCUUCGAUGACGAGACACAGAGGACCUUCCUUAAGGAGGUGAAGGUCAUGCGCUGUCUGGACCACCCCAAUGUGCUCAAAUUCAUUGGGGUCCUGUACAAGGACAAGAGGCUCAACUUCAUCGCCGAGUACAUCAAAGGGGGCACCCUGAGGGAGAUCAUCAAGAAGAUGGACAGCAAAUAUCCAUGGAACCAACGAGUGAGUUUUGCCAAGGACAUUGCUGCUGGGAUGGCAUACCUGCAUUCCAUGAAUAUAAUACAUCGCGAUCUGAACUCACACAACUGUCUUGUCAGAGAGAACAACAGUGUGGUAGUGGCUGACUUCGGCUUGGCUCGCCUCAUGGUUGAGGACAAGAACCAGGACAAGCUGUCCUCAGGGAAGAUCCAGGGCCUGAAGAAGCCAGACCGCCGUAAGCGAUACACAGUGGUGGGGAACCCCUACUGGAUGGCACCUGAGAUGAUCCAAGGAAAGAGCUAUGAUGAGAAGGUGGACAUCUUUUCCUUUGGCAUCAUGCUGUGCGAGAUCAUCGGCAGGGUGAAUGCAGACCCUGACUACUUGCCCCGGGCUCUGGACUUCGGGCUCAAUGUUAAGGGGUUCCUGGACCACUAUUACCCAUCAGAUUGCCCCCCUUCCUUCUUCCCCAUUGCAGUCAUGUGCUGUGACCUCGACCCAGAGAAACGGCCUGCUUUUGCCAAGCUGGAAGAAUGGCUGGAGAACCUGAAGAUGCACCAGGACAUCCGUCUCCCCUUGACCUCUGAGCUGGACCAAGUGCACCGAACCUUCUGGCAGAACCACGCCCGCUCGGAGAAUGGCCUCCAUACUCACACUGAGCAGCCCGAAUAGCCCACCUGGUGGCGCCAGCGGCCCUGUGAAUUUUGGAGAGGCCCUGGGCCCACCUCGGACUAGAGGGUCGGGACCUCAGCGGUUCCUUACAGGAGUUAUGUAGGUAACUCACGUUGGCACGAUGGCCACAGGGGGGCACUGUGGCCCUCGCUAUCAACUCGGGGUCUGAAGGGGGUGGGUGGCAUCCAGGACACUGAAGCUCAAUUUUUUUUCUUUCAAAUGCCACUCGGGCAAAUGGCACGCUUUCUCCCUGGGUCUCUUUCAGCCUCAGAAUGCUGUGUCAUUGCCAUGGUUUGCCGAAUUUCUGGUUUUGAUGUUAGUGCAUUUUGCCCCCGCUUGAACAUCAUCGCGUGUUGUAGUUCUAAUGCCGGAGCCAGUGGGCCGUUGCUGUUGUCGCCGUCUUCUGACAGUGCGCUGUUGUAUUAUGCUUCUGGGUUGUGUGUGUAGUCUCCAAAAAACACUAGGUGUUUCAGCUGAGGCCAGGGAGAACUUUCAUUUCUCGACCCAGUGAGCUUCUCUGGUGUUUUUCUGUACCAUGUGGUUUUUGCAGUCUCACCGUAAACAUUGUCCUUCGAUUUUAAGCUCAAAAAUAAUUGAAGGGCAGAACUUCCCUUCUGAGGGAUGACAUGGGUACAUCUGCCAGUUUUGCCCGAGUUGAACGAACAAAUGCAUGUCUGUAAACAGCCCAACCUUGUCCCAGUGGAAAUGUCACCCUCUCCCGCACCCAUGUCAAGCGCCAGCAGCAGAGCACUAAGAGGAAGUUUAAGGUAUGUUUGCAACAUGGCACUUUUGACUUGUUCAAGGUGUUGCCUACUUUUUGAACGACUUUCUUUUUAGUCUGGAGUUUGAGCGUCAUACAGCCUAGGUUCUUAACGCAUCCUCAUCAGAUCAUCUGGUCAAGACUGUCAGUUUUCCUGUGGAGCUGAAAUCACUGGAUCAAUCUCAAGUCAGUGUAUAUAACGAAUGGAUUCAUACAUUGUAAAAGUUUUAAAUAUUGUAUAUGUACAGAAAUAUUUUGUAUACCAAUGCUACAUUGCCAUAUUUUUAUUAAGUGACGUGGAGAAUUUGAAAAAAAAGUCAAUUGGCAAAAUGGUGUGAGGGCUUGAUAGAGCAAGCCACGAUGGCAUUGAUGUCACUUCCUGGCCCUUGUUUGACAGACACAAGGCUGCUUGUGGUUAAGAUAAAGGGAGCGACCACCAUCUAGGGCAUCCCUCAUCCUGUGCUUCUCAUAUGCGUUAGAUUCCCUUCCGUCUACUCCGCAUACCAAGUUACCUGGUUUAAAGUCAGUCCAUAGUACUGUGUGUGACAUCAGACACACUACAUGGAGCUGUUACUUUAUGGAGAACAAUCACGCAGAGCCUGGAUUGAACCGAGACUGGCUAGUUGGGGGUGACCUUUGACUGAUUCAUGUAUUAUUUCAGACAGUUAAUUCAUUGAACCUUUUAAAACUUCUUGGCACAGCCACAGAAAGGGUUUGUGGUCGUAUCUUUGGGUUGUCGCAAUGUUGUUGUUUUUCUUUUUUUUAUUUUUUUGUUUUUGCAGGAAUUGGUAUGCUGGGCUUGUGCCUUCAGCGUGAGCUCAGUGUGCCAUGCAGAAGGCCUAGAGCAGUCAAACCAAGGGCCUGUAAAGAUCAGUUCCAGGCUAGGCACUCAAGUGUAAGAUGUGGCGCAGCCCCUGCUUUUAAACAGCCAGGCACCUUAGUACCCUUUUCACAGGUAUUUUUGUGUCGAACAACCCUACGCAGUAUGCCCCAGCAUGCAUCGCAGCUUUCAGCCAUUUCUGAAACAAUCAGGACACACGGUGUUUUGUAGGAAGCCGUCUCAGCAAUGUGUCACUGUGUCUUGCCACACCCUUAAACCCACCCCCAUGGGAGCUUCCUGUUUACACAAGCCUGCUGGCUGUAAAUAAGUUUGUAAAUGUGUGUCAGUGUACAUAUGAAGCCCCCUUCUCCGAAAAAAGCUGCUUGGUAAAAAUGGCUAGGUGUUAGUAUUUCUGCUUCAAACUCAGCUGUUCCCAUGAGCUAAAAUAAACAUGGCAAUUUAAUGGAAUAAUACAGACGUAAUGAUAGGAAAUCUUAAACGGUCUGCAGAGACUAUUUAAAUGAGAGGAUAAAGAAGAACACAGAAAAUCACAGCAUUUCUUUUUUUUAAUGGAACCACUGUAAUAUUUGUGUAUAGAAUUUGAACUAAUUUUGUUUGCACUAUGGUGUCCAAGAGCUGUGUGCUGGACACCCUUUCUUGUUUCUCUUUGGGUUCGGGACAAAGGACGAGCACCGUUUGAUAAUAAAUGAAUGCAAGUCACUGAAGGAGCCUUCCUGCGGUGAGGGGGGGGGGGGUCAGACGGGGAGCCCGGGUGCUCUGUGGUGAACCGAGAGGUUCGGGCUGACAGUGAGACACAUCUCAUCUGUUUUGGACCAGACAAAGUUUUGAUUAAACACAUUCCUUUUGGGAUAUUUCCCCCCCUUUAACCCUUUUAGAGGAAUGUGUUUCUUACAUGCACUAUUAUUUACAGUAUGUAUAUUUCUGGUAUGAAGACAUGUCAGAUGUGACGAAAAUGUUCAGCCAGCUAUUAUUUUUCCUGUUGGUGCACACGAAAAGAAUAGCAGCGGAAUGUUCAUUUCACUAUACGUUCCAUUUCAGGCUGACGAGGAACCCUGACACAUCUCCAGUGUCUUAGUACUUGCUGUUCAUGUAGCCUCAAGACACACAUUUCCACACAGCCUCAAUACAGUCCUUCAACACACACUAAUAUUUCAGAAAUGAUCCCUUGCCUCCUCUCCCGUCCACCACAGAGAGAUUGAGUAUCCCCCCCCCCUCCCCCCCACACUGCCUAAAGAAAGACCUUUUGCAAAAGAUGCUCUGUGCUGUAACCCCCACAUCACUCUUUGGUGUACAUUGAAUCUUGAACAUGGCCUGCGUGAGGUCAGACUGCUUCAGGUUCCUUAUGAAAGGCACUUCAUUUUGUGCCACAUGCUUCAGCGCACAGGGCAGUGAGGCAGCGGAGUCACGAACUGUAUUCAGUGUUUCCAGAAAGUACUGCCCAAGUACUCUAGUGUUGUCCAUACAAUAAUUUGCUUCUUAAUGCACAAAGAAAAUAUCAGUGGAAGUAGCCGACAUUCCCAGGCCAUAGUACCGAUGGAUGUGCGGGCAACAGUCUCGGUGGGACACAUCCUUUCCGAUUCCCUUUCAGCCCGUGGAGACGUGUGAGCGUGUGUGUGUCCCUGGGGGUACUGGCACAGCACUUCUUUGCAAAGGAUCAUUACCUCUGAACAUUGCUGUGCCUUUGUUAUUUGCUAGCCUUGCCAAGGACUUGCGGCAUGUCUGUUUAAAAUGAUUUUUGUACAAUUGUAUGCCUGAACAGGUUCUGUAUCAUUUCUCAUGUUCAUCUUGACGUUUUCCCUCCUCAUCAUAUUUAAUCUCAUUGUCAUUUUUUUUUUUUAUGUACAGUGAUUACCUUUUCGUUUGUUGUUGGUGAUGAUGAUGAUGUACUUAUUUAUUUAUUUUUGUUUUGUUUUUAAUACAAGCUGUGAAAACAAUUCUGCACUUUAAUCCGGAGAGUGACCAUUGAGAAAUCACGAGGGGACUGUAAUCUGUCACAGCUGGAAUAAAAUUGCCGCUCUUUAGUAAACGCCGC